CUUGCAUUACAUUUAGCGCCGUAGCUCCUCAGUGUUUACCUGGGAAUUUUUCUCUUAUUUCUCACACACUCUUCUUUACCUGGAACCUACCUGCUCUACCUGGGACCUACCUGCGCUGCCUGGCACCUACCUGCGCUACCUGGUACACGCCCCACUAUGCUACUGAACAAUAUUUACGAGGAAAUAUGUCUUGAAAGGUAAUACGAUGUCUAGUGUUAACCUCCUGGAGCUGCCAGAGUCUGUCUUGUUGAAGAUCUUCUCAUCUCUCUACGCCGUCGACCUUCAUAAUCUGUGUAGUGUUCAUCCACGACUUGCACGUUUAGUGGGUGACUUAUCCCUAUGGCGUCAUGUAAAUUUUGGAAGGACACCCCUCAGUCUACAAUUUCUCCACAAGUUUAUAAGAUUUCUAGGUCCACACACCUUGACCAUCACUGUGACUGGAUUCGUCAAAUCCAGUGUUCGUUUGCAUCCUAAGGGGUCACAGUGCAUCUCUGAAGCAUUUCUGACAAGCUUGAAGCGUCGUUGUCCACAUCUUCAGGAGCUCAAUCUUCAUCGGUGUUAUAUUGAUGCCUCCACCACAAAGUUCUCGGCCUUACCUGCUUCCCUUAAGAAACUCUCGCUCUGUGGGUCAGCCCUCUUUAAUUUGCCACAGAAUCGUAUGGUGGUAGUGACAUCACCCUUUUUCCGGCUGGAGAAACACUUGCCUGUGCUGGAGGAAGUGAUCCUUGAGGGGUGUGGAGCAUGGCUCACUAGGCAGGACUUAACAUUGCUUAUGAGUCACUGUCCUGCCUUACAAAUUGUUAAUGUUGGUCCUGCUAGAUACACACGAACAGGACAUUGUUCAUGGAACAAGCGUGACGACAAACAUAGCAGUAGCAUCAUUCUCACUCGCAAAUGGAGAGCAUGAAUUAAAUUUUUCAAUUCCAGUGCAAGGAAACUUGACAAGAAUAAUUGAUUGAAGUGACUGCAAAAAUUGCAUGUAAUUGUAAUAUUUGCUUUGAAUGAAAGAAAUGCUAUAUAUGAUUGUUGGAAUUUUAAGAGUGUAUAGGUAUCAGUUGCUUGAAAUCAGUUAAAUAUUUGCCAUUUUAAUAUAAUUAAUCUAAAUAGGUAUUUUACAAAAUGCUGUACCCUUGUUCACUGACAAUACCAAUUAAAUUGUUUUAUUUAUGUAGUUUUGCACAAGUAAUCACUGAGAAAAGCUCAAAUUAUAUGAAUGUUGUGGUUAAUUCUUUGAAUUAAAUCUAGUGUGGAGUGCGAAGAAUUGUAAAGUGGUGGUAUAUAGUAGUAACAAUGGCGAUGUUGCACCGCGCACUGUUCACCUGGUUUCUGCUCCUGGUGUUCCUUAUUCUCCUAGCUCUUAGGCUGGACCAGAGAACCAAGUGGAAUUGGUUCA